CUCAUUUGUCACGGGCGGGGCGUCAGAUUAGGGGAUGCGCAUCAUGAUGCAACUAAGCAUGCCGAGAAGGUGGCUUCCGUAUUAAAACCUGUAGAAAGACUGAUUUCAGAAGCCACAUUCCGCGGCGUCAUCAUGCCAUUUCUCUUACCCGAGCAACUAAGAUCAUAGAGACCUGCCUAAUACCGUAAGUACGGUAACAUCAAAAAAGUUACAAAUGGCGGCACCACGAUUGCAGCUUGGAAUCCGGCCAGCGGAUUGCAAAGGCAAUCCACAAGGAAUGCCUGACGGAUAGUCUGAUACUGCUCAACCCGUGAUGUUGACUCGAGAGCACCCAAAGUCCAAAGACUCUUCUCCAGAUCUGGAUUACUGGAUAGAUCGCCUUCACGACAAGGACCAAUGCAUUUUCCCAACUCUCAAUGAUGGUGUGAAGGAACUUAAUGGGAGACAACGAGUAGAUGUCAGAACUCCUGGCCUGGGCCCCUUGAAUGAGUUCUGUCAAAACCAUGAUUUGAAACUAUCGACAGUAUUCCAAACGGCGUGGGGCCUGGUACUUCGAAGCUAUACUGGAGUUGACGAUGUCUGUUUUGGAUUCAGGGAAGAUCCAUCAGAAAUUUUGCCUUGCCAAAUGAGCCUCACACGGGAAAGUGGCCUUAAGCAUGCUUUGGACACGGUGGAAACGACGUUCACACGUGAUUCAAAUCAUAGGACUUGCUCUGUAAAGGAUAUGGAAGAUGUUCUCAAGCUGGGGCGAACAGGAAUUUUUAACACGAUUGUCAACUAUCGGAAUACUUUAGGACCGUUUGGGUCAUCGACCUGCAAUGGUCAGAGGAAUGACCAGAAAAUGCACUGCCACGUAGUCCAUGGUGACAGCGACAAUGGGAAUCACGAGGAUGACACGCCAGAGUCGCAGUAUAUGAUUGCAGUCGAUAUCAAGUUAUCCCCGAAAUUCAUAUGGAUGAGCUUGAGUUACCGACUGUCCGAUUUGUCGAAAGGACAGGCAGCAAAUGUUGCCAGCUCAUUAGAAAAGGCUUUGUCGUGUGUCUUAAGCGGCGCACAAGAAACGGUGGGAGAACAACAUCUGUUCAGUGAGCAUCACCAGCGGCAGGUGAAUGAAUGGAAUCGAGAUCGCCCGGAAUGGAUAGAUUUAACUUUGCACGAAGCGAUCGCAACUCGGGUUAGAUCGCAGCCAGAUGCACCAGCUAUCCGUGCCUGGGACGAGGAAUGGACUUACCACGAGAUGGACGAGUUGUCGUCAAGACUUGCUCGACAUUUGGUCCAAAUUGGUGUCAAGACGGGUAUGAGAAUACCAUUGGUAUUCGAGAGGUCGGGUUGGUGGGUGAUCGCCCUACUGGCAGUUUCAAAAGCUGGUGGCGCUUUUGUUCCGGUAGAUCCCACACAGCCUGUGCUUCGGCUGAAAGAAAUCCUUCAGGACAUCGAGCCACAAUUCUUGUUAUCUUCGAGCCAAUAUUCUGGGUUGUUAGUAGACUCGGUUGAGACCACAGUUGUGGUAUCCCGAGCUGCUUUGGAGGAAUUGUCUUCGAAGACCAGGUCACCUAUACCCUUACCCAAGGUUUCUUCUAAAGAUGUGGCGUAUGUCAUGUACACGAGUGGUUCGACCGGACACCCGAAGGGAGCUUUAUUACAGCAUGGAGGGUAUCUUCCGGCGUUACUCCAUUGGAUCGAGAAUACAUCCCUCGGUCCAGGCACGAUGGCACUCCAAGCGAGUUCUUAUGCUUGGUCAGUGUGCAUCAUCGAAACCAUAUGUUCUCUGUGGCAGGGAGCAUGUUUAUGUAUCCCGAGUGAUUAUUCUAAGCAUGAUGAUUUCACUGCAGUUUUCAACGACAUGCAGAUCACGUGGGCCAUGUUAUCACCCUCCGUCAUCAAAACUGUCCAAGCAGAGUCUGUUAAAUAUUUGAGGACGCUGAUACUAUGCGGAGAGCCUGUAUCACUAGAAGUUGUUUCAAAAUGGACUUCAGAAAAAACAAAAGUGUGGGUGGGCUGGGCGGCAACGGAAUGUCCUGCUCUUGCAAGGCCUGACAAUUUCACGGCAAACUCAGACGUACAGAACCUUGGUCCUUGCAAGGCAGUUUGCAGAGUGGUGGAAGUGGGCAAUCAUGAGCGUCAGGUACCUGUUGGCGCAGUGGGAGAUAUAGUUGUCCACGCACCCUGGAUAGCAGCAGGUUACCUCAAUGACCCAGAAAAAACUGCGGCAACUUUUCUAGAUCGCCCAGAUUGGUUGAAUGGUAAGCCUUCAAGUUAUGGCUCUCGGUGGUACAAGGUUGGUGAUUUGGUCCGCCAAAAUUCGGACGGAAGCUUGAUACUCGCUGGCCGAGGUGAUAACAUGGUCAAGAUUAGAGGACAACGAUUUGACAUGUCUGAAGUUGAGCGAAACCUGGCAGUUGACGACCACAUUCGAAAUUCCCUGCCAAUUCUACCCAAAGUGGGAGUUUGCAAGCAACGCCUAGUAGCUGUAAUUGCGCUGCAUGAUUUUACGCCAAAACCAGACGAGGGUAAGGAUGAAAUUACUAUUCUAAAGGGGUCAGAAUUGCGGAAAGCAGCUUCGUGGGUGUCAAAGUUUCAAGAGAUCUUAGCGAAACGCAUCCCAUCUUACAUGGUACCGAGCGUAUGGAUUAUGGUGAAAAGCGUUCCACUCACUAUUACUGGAAAGAUUGACAGAGUCGCAUUGAAGCGGUUUGUGGAGAAAAUGGAUGUCGAAACAUACGAGGAGAUCUGCACGUUGGGAGUUGAGCGAGAGGCCCCAACUACGCCAAUGGAGAUCCGUCUUCAAAAAAUAUGGGCAGAGAUUUUGGGCCUCCCGUUGGAAAAGGUUGGACGGAAUCAAUCUUUCAUCAGUCUUGGAGGUGACUCCAUCUUGGCCAUGACUGUUGGAGCCCGAUGCAGGAAUAACAUGCUCCUGUUGCGUGCGCAAGAUAUCUUGAGAUUCGGAACAAUUGCUGAGGUUGCAUUGCACACUACUCCAGUCGAAGACACGACGCGUGACGAGCUUGUUCUAGCUACCCAGUUCGACAGCCUACGCGGCUCCACCAAGGACAAGUUGCAUCAAGUAGGCGUCAUGGAUAUCGCCAACGUUGAAGAUGCGUAUCCUUGUUCCCCGAUGCAACAAGGAAUGCUCCUGAGCAAGGCCAGAUCGACCGGGAACUACAACACAUCUACCGUCUUUGAAGUUAGGCCUCGGUCUGUCGUUGCAUUAAGUGCCGAAAGGCUUAAAGAUGCAUGGCAGCAGGUUGUUGAUCGUCACUCAAGUUUGCGGACUUUCUUUGUGGAAAGCGUGUCGCAGAGUGGGUCAUUCGAUCAGGUCGUACUCCGAAAUUACAAUACGGCAGCGAGUGUAGUAAUCUGGGACCGUGCUAAUAUCGACCGGACUGAGCAUGCUAUCCGCAUGUUCGAUGGCCAUCAACCGGAAGCAUACGCCAGUCAUCAGCCACCACAUCAUUUUACAAUACUCCACACGACGACUGGUAGGCUCUUCUUCAGAAUGAACGUCGAGCACACUCUUGUGGACGGCAUGUCAAUUGCCAUCCUUGUACGUGACUUGAUCACAGCGUACGAUGGAAAUCUCCGACUUCAACCCACACAUUUAUACUCCUCAUACGUCGCCAGCCUCCAGCAAAUUGUCUGCAGUAUUGAUAACAAAUACUGGAAAACAUACCUGGAUGGAAUGAACCCUUGCCUGCUCCCGAACCUCAGCUACAGCUUGUCACGGGAACCCCAAAGACGCGAGUCACGAUCACUCAGUGUGGAGAUCAAAAAUCCGCAUCACCUGCUCAAGUUCUGUCAAAGUCAAGAAAUGACGUUGUCUGCCCUCUUUCGCACCGUUUGGGGAUUGAUUCUUCGAGCUUUUACUAGCUCAGAUGAGGUUUGCUUCGGAUUCAUUACUUCUGGGAGAGACCUUCCCGUCGCAGGCAUCGAGGAUAUAGUCGGCACAUUCAUCAACAUGCUGGUCUGUCGUAUGAAUCUGACCGAGACGAGUCUCUUGAAGGAUAUAAUUGCGACAGCACAGACAGAUUACUUGAGCAGUCUCCCCCACCAACAUGCCUCGCUGGCGCAGAUCCAGCACGUGCUUGGUCUUUAUGGUCAGCGCUUGUUCAAUACUUCCAUGACAAUUCUCAAGGAAGUUCCUCUGAGUUCGGGGGAAAAUCCUAGCGUCGACUUCAAUACCAUUCAUCAAUGGUCGCCAAAUGAGUAUGAUCUUGACGUACAAGUAUGGGUUUCAAGUAAGACCGUGAAAAUGGAGCUUUGGUACAGAACCGAGUGGAUUUCCAAUGAGCAUGCGCGGAACAUUGCUUCCACGUUUAGCCAAGCGCUAGAUGCCAUCACGGACGAGCCAGAUCAAAGAGUCGGACAGCUGGAUCUUUUUAGCGAACACCAUAGGGAGCAAGUGUGGGAUUGGAAUGCGAGAUAUCCGGACACAAUCCAUGCCUGCCUUCACGACCUCGUCACAGAACAAGCACUGAAGCGACCUCAAGAGAUUGCGGUCCAUUCAUGGGAUCGCGAUUUGACAUUCAGCCAACUCGAAGCAUAUGCCGAUCGAUUAGCUCAUUAUUUGGUAUCUCUUGGAGUUGGCCCAGAAGUUCAUGUAUUCCUAUGUUUUGAGAAGUCGGCGCUGGCUAUUGUGGCAAUUUUGAGUGUACUGAAAGCCGGUGGUGUCUGUGUCUCCGUUGACCCCGCACAUCCAACACAACGAUUACAACGAAUUAUCAAUGACACCAGACCUCUAUCCUGCCUUGUAUCUCCCAUGCACAGAGGGGUGUUCGACAGAGAAGGCCUAAUUAAUCUCGUCCCUCAAGUUGUUACUGUGGAGGAAUCCCUUUUCGCUUCUUCUCGACUUGCAACCGUUCCUGCCGGAAAAGCGUGUCCUACGGUUGGUCCUAAGAACGCCGCAUUUGUGUUAUUUACCUCAGGAAGCACAGGUAUUCCCAAAGGAAUAGUGCAUCAACAUCAAGCGAUCGCGUCAUCAUUGCAUGCUCAUGGAAAUGCGAUGCAUGUUGGUCUUGACUCUCGCACCCUACAAUUUUCCGCCUUCGUUUUCGAUGUCAGUAUCACCGAGAUCUUCCUCUCCCUUACCCGUGGUGGCGUUCUCUGCGUUCCUUCUGAAGACGAGAGGAUGAACAACCUCGAAUCAGCAAUCGUUCGCAUGAGUGCCAACUGGGCGCACCUUACUCCGACUGUAGCCUCGCUCCUCAACCCUGAAAAGGUGCCUACUUUAAAGCACAUGGCUCUUGCUGGGGAGCCGCUCAAGAAGGUCAAUAUAACAGAAUGGGCUGAGAAACUUGAAUUGGUGAAUCUCUAUGGUCCCGCUGAGUGCGCACUUGCCACUACUCUACGGGUAGGGCUGGUCAAGGACGACAGGCCGGACAAUAUCGGGCGAGCUGUUGGAUUAUUGACAUGGCUUGUUGAACCCUCGAAUACUAACCGUCUCGUUCCUGUCGGAGGAGUAGGUGAAAUCCUCCUCGAAGGACCCAAUAUUGCCCGCGAAUACUUAAAGGACAAAGACAGAACGUUGGCGUCUUUCAUUGAGAAUCCAACAUGGUUGCAAGGCGAAAAGACGAGUCCCCCUCGGCGAUUCUACAGAAGCGGGGACAUAGCAAGGUACAAUGGGGAUGGGUCUAUUCAAAUCCUAGGUCGAAUGGACACUCAAGUCAAGCUAUACGGACAGCGUGUGGAGUUGGGCGAGAUUGAGUAUCAGUUGAAACUGAACCUCUCGAACCAAAAGCUUGUGAAUUUAGCCGUCGUAUAUGCGAAUUCCCCGGAACAUCCAGGUGGCGGGCUACUGGCGUCUUUCUUGGAAUUCGAGCAAAAGGCAUCUGAGGUCGAUCAGAAUCAACUCAUGGUCAAGAUAUCCCAGGAAUUAAAAACACUUCUAGUCAGGUUGGACGUUCAUCUCGCAGAUGCUCUCCCUUCAUACAUGGUUCCAUCCAUUUAUGUACCGUUGAACGCCAUGCCACUACUAACUGCCGGGAAGAUUGACAGAGGCCGACUCUCACGCAUUGUCACUCAACUUUCCACCGAGCAAGUGAAGUUAUACUCCUUAUCCGAAUUCCAAGAAGACAAAGGCAAGCCUCGAACGAGAAUGGAGAGGGCACUGCAUUCACUUUGGGCCCAAGUCCUCAAUAUCGAUGGCAGCUCUAUUGGAGUUUAUGACAGCCUCUUUAGACUCGGGGGAGAUUCGGUCGUGGCAAUGCGCCUGGCAGCUGCCGGCAGAGAGGCUGGAAUCACCAUCCCGGUUGCGAGCAUAUUCCAAUAUCCCAAGCUUUCCGAAAUGGCAGCGAUCGCGAAGCCGCUGAGCGAGAGGACCUUUCAAGAGCUCGAGGCACGGUACAAAGUUAGGAGGGAUAUGGUCCAGCAUAUUUAUCCAUGUUCCCCACUUCAAGAGGGCCUUAUCAUACUAUCAAGCAGGCAAGCGGACACAUAUGUGAUCCAGCGCGCAUUCAGAUUAUCAUUCGAGACGGAUGUGGAGAAGUUUCAUGCAGCUUGGGAGGCCAUCUACAAACAACACGCAAUUCUUCGCACUCGAAUCAUCCAUGUGGAAAAGACUAUCGGCUCCAUGCAGGUUGUUAUAGAUGGAAGUAUUCGGUGGCGUUCAGCGAGAUCUUUGGAAGCUUAUUUAAAGGAAGACAAAUCAAGUCCCAUAGAUUAUGGGGAGCCGUUAACGAGAUACGCCAUGGUGGAUGACCAUGAAGGAAAGCGAUUCUUCGUUUUCACAGCACAUCACUCCGCUUUUGACAGCCAGUCUCUUUCGACGCUUUUCUCCGAAGUCACAAAGGCGUACGAAUCACUUGUCUCUCUACGAGAAUUGACCGCCUCAGACACCACACCUUACAAAACAUUCGUCGAGCACAUUUUCAAUGCUGAUAUCUCGGCGGCCGAGUCAUUCUGGAAGGACCAGUUUUCUGGUCUAAAUUUUUCGACUUUUCCCAAACUGCUGGCAAAUCAACAUCCAUUGGCGGACCAUACUUUGGACUACUCCAUGAAGCUCCCAAGAUCUGUCAAUGAGCUCGGAAGUUCUGUUUCAAUGAUUAUUCGCGCGGCUUGGGCAUUGCUUUUAGCGCAGUAUUCCGAUUCCCCAGAAAAUGUUGUGUUCGGCAUGACUUUAGAUGGUCGGGAUGAUUCUCAGUCAGUGCCUGGCAUUGCCACAGUCUUAGGUCCCACCAUAGCAACGGUCCCCGUCAGAAUAUUCAUCAACACCAAACACACAAUUGGAGACUUCCUAGAAGAAACCCAAGCUCAGGCUGAUGCUAUGAGACCAUUCCAGCAUUUUGGUUUGCAGAAUAUCAGGGCGCUCAGUCCUGAUGCCGCAAAAGCCUGUGACUUUCAAAGCUUGCUAGCUAUCCAGCCCUUGCGCAAAGAGGGUGAAAAUCAUCCCACCCUGCUGAGCGAUUAUGUUACCACACGAGAUGCGUCUUCGACAUACCUACUUCUCUUGGAAUGCCAAUUGAAAGAGAAUGGAGUGGAUAUUACGGCACAAUAUGAUCAAAAGAUUACAUCAGACUCGCAGAUGCAGAGGAUCUUGCACCAGCUCGAACACGUGAUCAAACAAUUGUUGGCCGAAGACGCAAGUACUAAGCAGCUGAGGGAAAUCCAGUUCUACAGCCCUCAAGACGCGAAGGACAUGCAUUCGUGGAAUCAAUCACUUCCACCGUUGCAAGAUACUUGUGUUCAUGAUGUCAUCGCUAAGCAUGCAGCUCUACGUCCAGGUGCAAUGGCAGUAUGUUCGUGGGAUGAAAACCUGAGUUACCAUGAGCUUGACGAGCUUUCAACAACCCUUGCACAUCACCUGGUGACGGCAUUCAAUAUUGGUCCUGAAUCGCUGGUGCCGCUGUGUUUCGCUAAAUCUGCAUGGGCUGUGGUUGCUAUGAUUGCGGUGCUAAAAGCUGGAGGAGGAUAUGUUCCUAUGGAUCCUUCCCAUCCCACUUCACGUCUGCAAGAAAUCGUUGAAGCAACGCGAGCUUCAGUCAUUCUUUGCUCACCUCAAUACGAGGCUCUCAGUCGAUCCUUAGCUGGAAACUCAUUUAUAGUCAGCCGAAAGACCCUGAGCUACUGCAAAGCAUCCGAGGGCGCAGCAUGCACCACUGUCAAACCGAACAAUGUGGCCUACAUAAUAUUUACAAGCGGCUCUACUGGCACUCCAAAAGGAAUCGUAAUGGACCACGGAGCAUUCUGUAUCGCUGCGACCGAGCAUGGAAAGCGUACCAAUCUGAACUCUGAGUCUCGUGUCAUACAUUUCUCAUCCUACGCGUUUGAGGCCUGCAUCCUGGAGGUAUUGACAGCUCUCUUCAAUGGAGGCUGCGUCUGUGUCGCACCAGAAUCCGAACGCUUGGAAGGCAUUGCCAAGACUAUGAGAGAUCUCCAUGUCAACUGGGCGUUCUUUACGCCGUCGUUCAUUCGCACAAUUCGCCCUGACCAAGUACCCGAUCUGAAGACGCUAGUCUUAGGUGGUGAAGCUUUAGGAGCAGACAACAUAGAGGUUUGGGUCGACCAUUGCUACUUGGUGAAUGGGUACGGCCCUUCGGAGACUUGUGUCUUCUCUGUAAUCAAUAACAAUGUGCGUCGAGGCGACACACCAGACUUGAUUGGCAGCUCUGUUGCAGGAGCAUGUUGGAUUGUGGACCCCGAAGAUCAUCGUAAAUUGGUGCCACUGGGAUGUGUUGGAGAACUGUUAAUCGAAGGCCCCACCCUAGCUCGUGGUUAUCUCAACGAUCCAGACCGGACUAACCAAGUAUUCGUUGAAAAUCCCGAAUUGCUGUCUCGAGGCCUAGAGAUCCACGGAGGAAGGACCAAUGGAGCAAAAGCGAAUGGUCAUCCUGACGGAUACAUCAAUGGGAAAUUGACGAACCGAUCGACAAAGGGCACAGCAGGCCACACGGCUUUGAAUGGUCAAUCAACUGGGCGGCGGAUGUACAAGACAGGAGAUCUUGUAUGUUACGAUACUUCGGGCAAUGCAGAUGGUUCCAUCAGAUUUGUUGGAAGGAAGGAUACGCAAGUCAAAGUUCGUGGCCAACGCAUGGAGCUUGGAGACAUCGAACACCAUAUGAAAUCGAACCUGAAGAGUAUCCAGCAUGUCGCUGUCGAGCAAGUUGGACUAGAAGGACGUGAGAAUCGCUACCUGGCAGCAUUCUUCUCUUUGGAGGGCCAAGCUCUACCACCCACACGAGGAAGAGAGAGACAGCUCCCCAUGUCUAUGUCACGUGAUUUAAAGGCUUCGAUCGUGGCUGUAGAAGCAAGGCUUGGGGAGACUCUGCCUUCCUAUAUGAUUCCGACAUUCUAUGUGCCCCUUUUAAGAAUGCCUCUAUUAUCUUCAGGUAAGACAAAUCGACGAGAACUGCGUCAAAUUGCCGCUCAAUUAUCAGAGGCUCAGAUUAGUCAAUAUUCCCUCGCAGAUGGGCAAAAGCGAGCGCCUAAUACUGAGAGGGAGAUAGCGCUGGUUAAGCUUUGGGCCUCGAUUUUUCAAGUUAGCCAGGAAACAAAGAUUGGUCUCGAUGAUAGCUUUUUCAGACUUGGUGGAGAUUCCAUAGCCGCGAUGCGUUUGACGUCCCUCGCCCGCGAAAAAAAGAUAUUGCUCACUGUAGCCGAAAUAUUCAAGAAUCCUCGUCUAGAGGACAUGGCUGCAAGCAGUCUAUCACUGAGUGGAAAUGAAGAUACAAAGAUGGAGCCCUUCGUAUUACUUCGAGAAUCUGCAAAUGUGGAUGAGCUAUUGCGAAAGAUACAAAGACAAUACCAAAUCACAAAGGAGGUCAUCGAGGACGCUUUCCCAGUGACUCCACUCCAGGAAGGACUUAUGUUGUUGUCGAUCAAGCAACCAGGAUCUUACAUGAGUCAGAUAACCUUGAGUUUACGACCAGAUGUCGACAUCAACCAUUUCAAAGCCGCAUGGCAAAGAACAGCAGAGAGGAACUCCGUUCUCAGGUCUCGAUUUGCACAUACUGGAUCCCAGACAAUUCAACUUGUGAUGGAAGAAAGUAUUGACUGGCGAACAGGAUCAGAUUUGGAGACGUACCGACUCCGCGACAAGAAAGUUCAGAUGGAACUUGGAAAGCCCCUAACUCGGCAUGCGAUUAUCGAUGCAGGUGGCGAUGAGAGAUACUUCGUUUUGACCGCACACCACUCCCUGUAUGAUGGCUGGUCUUUGAUGCUUAUCAUGGAGGAACUCGACCACUUGUUUACAGGUGGACCUGUGAAGCCAGCUGCGCCUCCCUAUGCUACCUUCAUCAAGCACUUAAGAAACAUCGAUCUAGAUGAGGCAAAGUCUUUCUGGCAGGCUCAAUUUUCAAACAAAUCCCUCUCUAGCUUCCCUGAACCAAGAUCUGUCACUCAAGCUACUGCAGAAACAUCAAUCGUCAAACUUACGGAAAUAACCAGACCGGCCGGAUCUGAUAUUACUUUGUCUACCGUAAUGAGAGCAGCGUGGGCUCUUCUGGUGGCUAGAUACGCCAGUACAGAUGAUGUCUUCUUUGGAGCCACUCUCAUGGGCCGGAACGCUUCUUUACCCAACAUCGAGAGAAUGACUGGACCGACAAUUACCACUGUACCGGUUUGCGUGUCAAUUGACGGGUCCCAAACCAUCGAUAAAUUCUUGGACCAAGUUCAAAACCAGGCGACAGAGAUGAUUCCGUUCGAGCAUACAGGACUUCAAAAUAUCAAACGCAUUGGGCCAGAGGCAGAAAAAGCAUGCAAUUUCCAGAACCUCCUUGUAAUCCAACCGGAAGGCUCCGAAGAUAUUAAGAGCAACCUCUGGAAAGAAAGUGCCUUGUUUGCGAAAGGAGAAAUGGUGACACUCACGUACGCUUUGAUCCUGGAGUGUAGACUAUAUAAGGAUAAAGUCAGAAUCACUGCCCAGUACCGAGAUAAUAUCAUUACCACCAGUCAGAUGCAGCGAAUGGUCCAUCAAUUCGAGCAAGUCAUGCACAAACUCAACGACGCAAUCCCAGGUGUCCGAACAGUUAACAGUAUUGAGGUCUUCAGCAAGAAUGACAUGGACGAAGUUUUAGAGUGGAAUAAGGAAACAUCGGUGCUUUCCAACUCCAAGGACUGUAUCCAUCACACCAUCGAACGUCAAGCGAUCCAACGACCACACGCACAGGCCGUAGACUCUUGGGAUACGAGUUUUACAUAUGCUCAGCUCAACAAACUGUCGGACAAGCUAGCCCAUCAUCUGAGUGCUUUAGGUCUCGGCCCUAACCAAUUCGUUCCAUUGUGCUUCGACAAGUCAGCAUGGACCAUCGUAGCGAUUUUGGCUGUAUUGAAAGCAGGUGGUGCAUACUUGUCAUUGGAUCCUAAGUAUCCUAUAAAUCGAAAUAACCAUAUCAUUCAAGAUGUCGAGGCCAAGGUUAUUCUUACAGGAAGUCAGCAUCAAAAACUAUUUGACCCGUCAGCAUAUUAUGUUCUGGUUGUCGAUCGGGAGUUUAUCGAGAGUCUCUCGGACCCGAAAGCUAAACAGUCUAAUUUUAGAAGCCCAAAUAAUGCGGCUUUCAUAGUCUUCACUUCAGGGUCUACCGGCGAACCCAAAGGAAUUGUAAUGGAGCACGGAGCAUUCUGUAGCAGCUCUCGGGAGCAUUCCAAAGCGUUGCUCAUCAACUCAGAGUCCAGGGUAAUGCAAUUUGCAGCAUACAGCUACGAUGUCAGCAUGGGAGAAAUCCUCACAACGCUGAUGCAAGGUGGUUGUGUAUGCGUCCCAUCGGAAGAAGAUCGGAUGAGCAGACUGGCAACGUCCAUAAAUGCACUUAAAGCCAAUUGGAUCUUCUUGACGCCAACCGUUGCUGGGUUCCUUCAGCCUGACGAGGUUCCUGGGUUGAAGGUUCUAGUACUUGGAGGAGAACAUGCCACGGCGGAUAACAUUAAAACAUGGUCAGAAGUGCUCCAUCUCAUUAAUAGUUAUGGUCCGGCUGAGUGUGCAAUCUGGUGCGCGUGUACAACAGGCCUGAGCUUGGAUGCGGACCCAGCGAGCCUUGGCAAGUCCGUGGGUGCAUCUAUCUGGAUUACCGAUGCCACUGAUCCUAACAAACUGGCUCCUAUCGGCUGUGUUGGCGAGCUUCUUGUCGAAGGGCCAACCCUCGCACGUGAGUAUCUCAACGAUGUGAAGAAGACUGCAGCGGCCUUUAUAGAGAAUCCAGAGUGGUCAAAUGAUGGAUUAGGAAGGCGCAGACGGAUGUACAGGACAGGUGAUCUCGUGCGAUAUGGAUCUAAUGGGAACAUCCUCUUCGUUGGCCGCAGAGAUACCCAGGUCAAACUCCACGGACAGCGAAUCGAACUCGGCGAGAUUGAACACCAUGUGAUGAGAUACAGUCCACCGGGCUGGUUUCCAGUCGUCGACAUACUUCGCUUCUCUGAGGGUGAGAGAGACGCCGCUAUAUCUGCGUUUAUUCAGGUCCGGAAAGUCUCAAAUGAUAACCCAACUUCGGGCGAGAUAACUCUUCCUGUGACGGAGACCAUGAACACUGCUCUGAACCAGUUACGGUCGGAACUUGAGCAAGUUUUGCCAACCCACAUGAUCCCGGCUGCCUAUAUUCUAGUCCGGCAAGUACCACUUACAGCCGGUGGAAAGGUAGAUAGGAUGGCGCUGCGAAAGAUCGGUGAAAGCUUGACCGACCAUCAGCUGCUUCCAUAUUUGCUAGCUGGUCAAGGGGCCUUGCGGGCUCCGUCAACCGAGACAGAAAGAAGACUUCAAAAACUAUGGGCUAAGGUGUUAAAUAUGAGCGAGGACUCGAUUGGGUUGGACUCUAACUUUUUGCGGAUCGGAGGCGAUUCGAUUGCUGCAAUGAGAUUGUCUGCCAUCGCGCGAGAAAACGGGCUACUGUUGACGGUGAAAGCGAUCUUCACGUCGCCAAAGCUGGAUGACAUGGGCAAGAAUACCACCCCGAUCUCAUCGGUUCAGGGAUCAGAAACAACUUACACCCCCUUCUCAUCGCUAAGAGUUCCUGAUGCCGCUGCAUUCCUUGAAAAGAUCAUUCAUCCCCAACUUCCAAGCGUGGGCGAAUUUGACGAAAUCGAAGACGUACUCCCCGCGACCGACUAUCAACGCUGGACCUUAGGAUGCGGGCAACUGAAAACCAGAGGGUAUAACAAUUACUUCAUUUUCCAUAUGAGAGGUCCUGCGGAUCCGCAACGAAUUCAGUCCGCCUGUCAGCAGCUCAUCGACCAUCAUCCUGUCUUACGUACUGUGUUUGUUACUCACAAGCACCAACUUUUCCAGGUCGUUUUGAAGCAUGUCCAAGCUGAGUUCACACAGUACGAGGCCCUAGACAUCUUGGGGUUUUUACAGUCGGUUUUGGAGAGCGAUAUGCGGCGACCUGUGGAUCUUAAUAAUCCCAGUAUUCGAUUUCUUCUAGUAAAACAAGGCCCGGAUGAGUACCGAUUGAUGAUGCGAGCGUCCCAUUCCCAAUACGAUGGCAUAUCACUACCAAUAUUGUUACGAGAUCUAAAGGCUGCUUACCUCGGAGAGAGCUUCUCGAGUAGUUUGCCAUACUCUAGGUUUAUUCAUGGUUCAUCACGUGUGAUGAAGGUGUCCGAUGCGGAAGCCUUUUGGCGAAAAGAGUUAAAAGAUUCGACAAUGACCAAUAUCUUAUCCCAUACAAAGCCAGCCUAUCGCAACCCUGUCAAUACAUCUCUCAAACAGGUUAUUCAGGUCAAUUCCGCACUUUCAGGAGGCAUCACUUUCGCCACCAUCUUCAAGGCUGCAUGGUCCCUGGUUCUGGCACAAUUCUCUGCCAGCUCGGAUGUGGUCUUUGGGCAGAUCUCCACCGGGAGAAAUGCUCCAAUCCAAGGUAUUGAUCAGGUAGUGGGACCUUGCAUGAACCUUCUUCCUGUUAGAGUCAAAAUAGACUCAGCGUCAACCUUCAGAGAUCUUCUCCGGCAAGUUCAAAGUCAGCAUCUAGAUAUGUCGCCAUACGAAACUCUCGGCUUCCAACAUAUUAUUGAAAAAUGCACGAGCUGGCCAAAAUGGACCCGAUUCAGCUCCAUACUCCAGCACACAAACUUCAACAGCGGCAUGGGUGACGUCGACAUAUGGGAUAAUAUUGAAAUGAAACUAGGCAGCUUUACCCCUGAUCAUGAUGUGUCUGAUAUCUGGAUCUGGACGGGCCCAUCUGAUGAUGGGUUUUCGAUCGAUUUCACCUACUCAAGUGAAGCUGUGUCUGAGUCCUUGGCCCAAGGAAUGCUCGAUAAACUCUGUGACACAAUCCUGAAAAUUACUAAGAAUCCGGAGGCUUCUAUCUUUUCGGUCCUCUCAAAAAUUCAACCGAAGUUUCCAUCGUCGCUUGCCAACGAGAAAGCCGAUCGGGCUGGGAACUUCUUCCAUCCAGAAUACAUCUCAGGCGGGCCGUUGGAAUCAAUUGUGGAGAAGGUCUGUGGUAGCGUCUUUGGUGACGAAAACGAUAAAUUACCCGUCAGUGUCACCAUAGACACACCUUAUUUCGAAUUGCGCGGGGACCUCAUCGCUGCUACCCAAUUAUCGAUGGCUUUCUGCACUUUCAACUUCCAGGUUUCGCCUGAGGACAUUAUCGACAAUCCUACGAUGCGCCUUCAAGCUGCAAUGCUAAACGCCUUAAAUAUCUCGUUAUUCUCUAAGUGA